AUGCUCAGCACGCCACUCCUCACUCUCGCCACCCUCGGCGCCGUUCUCUCCACCACCGCCCUCGCGGCGCCCAGCCCGAACCCCGACGCGUCCGAUCUCACGCGCCGCGACAUCCAACCCAUUCCAGAGGGAAAGACCUGGUCAGUGUCGUAUGAGUGCGACAGCACGAACGUGGACGCCUCGGGUACAACGGCGGAUAUGGAUUCCGGAUGCAAGAAAAUUGAUGGCGGGGCGCCUGAGAUACAGAUGAACUAUGAUACGAAGUCGUACUAUCAGAUAUCGAUGCAUAUGUACGUUAAUGAUGUUGGUGUCGGAAUUGGAAAUGGACCACGUGCUAACUAA